GGAAAAGAGUAAUUUAGUCUUCAAGUCAAGCUAAUUUUUUCCCAUUUGUAAAGAAAGCUUAAUUUCAAUUUAUGUUCUUUAAAAUAUUUUUCUACUGGAAUGGAACUUCUCUCUGUAAAAGUGAAAAAAGGAAGGCUGGAUAAAGCAGCUGAUGCAUUCAAAACCUAUGUUGUUUUAAAAGUCCAAAAUUUAAAAAGCACUACAAUAGACAGAAGGGGAAGUGAACCUAGCUGGGAACAGGACUUCAUGUUUGAAAUCUGUGCUGAUGGAAAGGGCUUCAUUAUAGAGCUGUGGAAGAAAGGCUUGCUCUGGGAUAGCAUUUUAGGAGUUUUAUGGAUUCCCCUCGCAACUGUGGAAUAUGCAACAGAUGAAGGUCCAGGUUCCUGGUGGACAUUGCAUUCUGAAGUAAUAAAAAAUGGGAGUGAGAUUCAAGGCACAAAAACACCAACUUCACAUGAGAUCUUACUGGAUGUCUACUUUGCAUUACCAUUUGAUACUCACAAAGAUUUAGAUAGCAGAUGUUGGCACAGAGGGACACUCCUCCAAGGUACAAGACAUUCACAUCAAGAUGCAUAUGAUAGUCUGUCAUCCAUCAAAAGUGGUCUCAGCAUACAAGAAAGCAAACUAAGGAGAAAUAAAGAUCAAGCUGAUGGAAGUAAUUUUGCAAAAGCAAGAUGGGCCAGGGCUAUUCAGAAGAAAAAUCUUGUGAGUUCUACUGAUGAUACCACUGCCUAA